CCUCGUGAUCCGCCCGCCUCGGCCUCCCAAAGUGCUGGGAUUACAGGCGUGAGCCACUGCGCCCAGCCCAGCAUGGGUAUUUUAAGAAGAGACAGAGAGGAUGUCACUGCAGUAGCCAAUGUCCUGGAAAAUUAACCGUUGCACGGCCCAGAAACGGCUACGUGGCGGCCAAUGGGAGCCGAAGCCUGCGAGGAUGUUGGGAACUGUAGUUCUGGCGUAGGUCGACGGCCGAGGUCCCGGGCCCACUGGCUCGGGUGAGCGCGGCCUCCGCGGCUCCUUGGCCCCAGGAUGCCCUCUCUCGUGGGGAAAGGAGGUUCGGGAAAGGCCGGGUGUAGGUUAGGACGCAGGGUAGAGUGUGGCCGAUGGGGAGUGCGGGUUGGAGAUAUUUGGUUUUUGGAGGAGGGGGCGCAGCUCGCGGUGCUCCCUGGGACGGGGCGAUGGGGUGAGCCCCUGCUUGCCGGGACCUCUGCGGACCUUUUUUCCCCUGGGAGGACGAGAGUGACCUGGAAUUCUAUCGUCUGUCUUGUGAGAGUGACCUGGAAUUCUAACGUCUGUCUUGAACCAGGCGGGAUUAUUCUGGGUCAACCGGUUUUCGAAUAGGAAGGGCGGCCCCAGUUGUGCGUCCUGGGGUUUAUUUGGGCUGUGGGGUUGAGUUCUGCCAGGGCCAAAUGGACCAACAUCCCCAAGGCUGGGAUGGGGACGUGGCUAGGUCCGCACAUCCCUGGGUGGUUUUUGGCUGGGGAGCGUUCUGAGUCCUGCAUCUCCGAGUUUUUCUGUGUUUUGGGUGGGGCUGGAUAUGUCCCAAGUGGUGACGAGGGUGGUUUGCGGGAGGCCAUCUCAGGCCUUGAUGCUUGAUGGGCCUUGGUUUGUUAGGGGUUGCAGGGGUGGAAGUGGAGGUGAGCUAGACGUGGUCAGAAUAUCCUGAGAGGGUCUGGGCGAGUGUCUUGGGUCAGGAGUCCCUGGGGUUUUUAGGGAGGUGAGGGAGGUUUUGUCCUCUGAUAAUAGCGGGCUGUAUCACUCUGACAUACAUCUAGGUAGUUUUUUUUUUUUUUUAAAUGGGGACAGGCCUUUUCUCUGGGACUUGUUAUCUCAAGGCGUGUCAUGUGGGAGGUGCUCCCUGUGCUUUGUGGCAGAGGUCCUGGGUGUGGUCGUCAUCUGGGUGGCCCAUUUGGCUGACUCCUUUCCUGGACUGCUUUUUCCUCACACAUUAGGGCCAAAUAUCUGGUUUGGGGCUGUGAAGGGUUAGGUAUGGUGGAGAACUCUGAUGGCUUCUGGUCGACAAUCCAAAUCACUUCUGGCAUAUGGCAAGUUCUGGAUAUCAGGCGUUUAAUUUAAUUUUUAAUUUUUUCAUAAGGGCACAUUUUAAACCUACCCAGUAGAGCCAUUCAAUGAACUGCCACGGACCUGUCACCAGAUUCAACAUUUGUUAACUCAUGGCCAAUUCUGUUUCAUCUACAUCCCCUAAACCCUAUGUGUGGAUACACUUUGAGAAUUGUCAGACCCCAUAGGGAUUGGUCACUGCUGACAUCAUUACUGGCCCAGCUGGCUAAGGGUGUGGCGCUCCACAGCUAGACUUCAAAUCUAGGCACUUUCUAGCAUUGUCAAUUUGAGGAAGGUAUGUAACUCAUGGAGCUUUGGGUAGGUAAAACUUGUAUGGUGCCUGGAAUUGUCUCUGGUAUACAGUCAGAGUUUAGUAAGUGUUAACUAUUACUAAUAAUAGUACAACUUGAGGCCCAUAGGCAUUAAAGGGAUAAAUAUGUAAUAGCAGCUUGUCAGGGCAGACUGUAUUCUGAUGUCCCCACGUGGUUCUGUGCCCUAGAAGCUGUUUACAUUAUUCUCUUCUCUGACAGAUCUGAGGCUUUCUUGUUAAAGGAAGAGGAGGCCUGCUCAAUUUUUUUUUUUUUUUGAGACACAGUUUCACACUUGUUGCCUAGGCUGGAGUGCAGUGGUGCGAUCUCAGCUCACCACAACCUCAGCCUCCCAGGUUCAAGCGAUUCUCCUGCCUCAGCCUCCCGAGUAGCUGGGAUUACAGGUCCACCUUCUCCAAUACCUGCCUGCUGGGAGAGGACUAUCUCUUGAGAAAGGAAGGACUUCUGUGCUCCUGAGAACCUCCUAUCAGGUCCUGGCUGCAUGGAAACAAGAUGAGCUUUUACAAUUAAGGUUGGAAGAAGUCACCACAGGCAGCAGAACUCCAUCUUGAGAUGAAAUAACAUCUACCUGGACCUCUGGCAGAAUUUCAAGGCUCACACUGGGCUGACUCUGGGGCCAUGAUGUUGCCUCAUCCUUCAGCACUGGGAGAUCAAUACUGGGAAGAGAUUUUGCUUUCAAAGAAUGGGGAAAAUGUAGAGACCAUGAAGAAACUGAUCCAAAAUCAUAAAGCGAAAGGCUUGCCUUCUAAUGAUACUGACUGGCCCCAGGAAAAGGAGGGAAAAGCCCAAAUAGUGGUACCAGUUACAUUCAGGGAUGUGGCUGUGAUCUUCACAGAAGCAGAAUGGAAGAGACUGAGUCCAGAGCAGAGGAAUCUAUACAAAGAAGUGAUGCUGGAGAAUUAUAGGAAUCUUCUCUCAUUGGAACCAAAGCCAGAAAUCUACCCUUGUUCCUCCUGCCUUCUGGCCUUCUCCUGUCAGCAAUUCCUCAGCCAGCAUGUACUUCAGAUCUUCCUGGGCUUAUGUGCAGAAAAUCACUCCCAUCCAGGGAAUUCUAGCCCAAGGCAUUGGAAACAGCAGGGGCAGCAGUAUUCCCAUCUAAGCUGUUGGUAUGAAAAUGCAGAAGGUCAGGAGAGAGGAGGUGGUUCCAAACCCUGGUCUCCAAGGACAGAGGAGAGAGAAACCUCAAGGGCAUUCCCCAGCCCACUCCAAAGACAGUCAGCAAGUCCCAGAAAAGGCAACAUGGUGGUAAAAAUAGAGCCCAGCUCAGCCCAAAGACCAAACCCUGUGCAGCCAGACAAAGGCUUGAAGGAAUCAGAAAUCUUGAGAUUUGGAGCAAUCAACUGUAGAGAGUGUGAACCGGACUGUAGCCUGGAAUCAAACUUUAUUACAAACCCGAGGACUCUCUUAGGGAAGAAGCCCUACAUUUGCAGUGAUUGUGGGCGAAGCUUUAAAGAUAGAUCAGCCCUCAUCAGACACCAUCGUACACACUCGAUGGAGAAGCCUUAUGUGUGCAGUGAGUGCGGGCGAGGUUUUAGCCAGAAGUCCAACCUCAGCAGACACCAGAGAACACAUUCAGAAGAGAAGCCUUACUUGUGCAGGGAGUGUGGGCAAAGCUUUAGAAAUAAGUCCAUCCUCAAGAGACAUCAGUGGACUCACUCAGAGGAGAAGCCCUAUGUUUGCAGCGAGUGUGGGCGAGGCUUUAGUGAGAAGUCAUCCUUCAUCAGACACCAGAGGACACACUCCGGUGAGAAACCCUAUGUGUGCCUGGAGUGUGGACGAGGCUUUUGUGACAAGUCAACCCUCAGAAAACACCAGAGGAUACACUCAGGGGAGAAGCCUUAUGUUUGCAGGGAGUGUGGGCGAGGCUUUAGCCAGAACUCAGAUCUCAUCAAACACCAGAGGACACACUUGGAUGAGAAGCCUUAUGUUUGCAGGGAGUGUGGGAGAGGCUUUUGCGACAAGUCAACCCUCAUCAUACACGAGCGGACGCACUCUGGAGAGAAGCCUUAUGUGUGUGGUGAGUGUGGCCGAGGCUUUAGUCGGACAUCACUCCUCCUUGUCCACCAGAGGACACACUCAGGGGAGAAGCAUUAUGUCUGCAGGGAGUGUAGAAGAGGUUUUAGCCAGAAGUCAAAUCUCAUCAGACACCAGAGGACACACUCAAAUGAGAAGCCUUAUAUUUGCAGGGAAUGUGGGCGAGGCUUUUGUGACAAGUCAACCCUCAUUGUACAUGAGAGGACACACUCAGGAGAGAAGCCUUACGUGUGCAGUGAGUGUGGCCGAGGCUUUAGCCGGAAAUCACUCCUCCUUGUCCACCAGAGGAUACACUCAGGGGAGAAGCAUUAUGUUUGUAGGGAGUGUGGGCGAGGCUUUAGUCAUAAGUCAAAUCUCGUCAGACACCAGAGGACACACUGACGGGAGAAACCUGUGUAUACAGGGGUCGUGAACAAGACCCGAGUGAUCAGUCAAGCCUCAUGUUACCCCAGAGACACACAUGGGAAGUAGACCCUGUGUAUGCAGAUUGUGAGUGAAGUUCCAGAGAUGUGUCGACCUUUAUCAGGCAUGGGAGGGACACGUUCAGGAGAGGAGCCUUAUGAGUAUAGAGUAUGGGCAACUGUAGCCAUCAGUCAGCCUUCAGCAUGCACAAGAAGACACACUUAGGAGAGAAGUUUUUGUGUAGGGACUGUGGGAAGGCUUUAGCAAUAAUCAACAUUUACCAAACAUCCAAUGACUGCUUCAGGGGAAGGCACCCUUGUCUGGGGAGUGUUGGUGAGCAUCAGCAAAAGAAUGGACAGUCAGGCACAAGGUGGCCCUCCGGAAGGAGGUCUUUGUUUGCAGGAUGUAUGGGCAAAGCUUUUGUGAUCACACACCACAGGGAGACUCUGCAUGUGGGGACACUGUGGAGCUCUGCCCAGAUGACCUUUUCAUGGCUAACACCCCAGCUGCUUGAGAGAACAGUGUUGCUGCUGGCAGUGAUGCAUUCCACUCUGGAACUCGCUCUCAGCCACAGGGAACUGCACACACCACAGGGGCUAUGCCUCUUUGCAGGGGUAGCUUCUGGCCCCAACCCUUGACUCAAUGCGGACAAUUCCAGAAGGUCAUUCCAGAUCCAGAGAUCCCCAUUGAACUGAAGGAUCACUGGGUUGCAGACACGUUGUACAUCAGCCUCUUCCUCUGCCCAGUCCUGCCCUCACUCCCCAGUGAAUCCUCAAUUUUCCAUCUCAUUGUCUCUCCAGAGAAUUGAUUCUAAGACAUGUUAGGUAUAUAAGGGGUGUAGAUAAGGCUUCAGCCACAAGUCACCCCUCAAUAAGCCCCAGAGUAUAUAGAAUAGAAAUUCUGCACAUGUCGGGAGAAUGGACAAGGACUUAGUAAAAAGGCACACCUCAGCAAAGAACAGCUUUUUUGGGACAAGCUUUACAUGGGUGGGGAGGGAAAAUGUGAAACACAUUAGCAAUAAGUUCAACCUCAUCUUGUACUAAAGGAGGACACACUCAGGGAGAAGACCUGUGUGUGCAGGGCUUGUGGGUGGAGCUUCAUCCCGAUGUCCCUCCUCAACUGACUUAGGAAGACAGAGUCUUUACCCCAAGUCCCUACCUCACUCACCUCUGAGGGGUUUUCAGGAGAUGUCUUGACUCCCCCAUGUACUCUGAAUGUGAGCGAAGAUGGCAGUAACUGUUAAAUAAGCAUUCUUUUCUACUUCUUGGAAUCCGAAUAAAAAAGUAGGCUUUAUUUAAGUAAUCAAAAAA